AUGGACGACUUUGACAACGCCGAGGCCCUCGCGGCGCAGUUUCACGACCGGCUUGGGGGCAUCGGCGGCGGCGGCGGCAACCGGCGAGGCGGGCGCGGCGGGCGCGGCGGCGGCGGUAGACGAGGUGGCGGCGGUGGCGGCGGUGGUGGGCGGUCCGUCGACAUCAGCCGCGCCCUCUCGCGGCUGCUCCGCCACCAGGCCGCCAACGCCGGCAUCCCGCUCGACCCGGAAGGCUUUGCGCCGCUCGACCGGGUCCUGCAGUGGGGUCCGCUGCGGUCGCUCAACGUCACGCUCGCCGAGGUGCGCGACGUCGUGCUCACCAACGAGAAGCAGCGGUUUGCCCUCAAGCGAGCGGACGCGGACGACGUGGACGGCGUGGACGACGUGGACGACGCGCUGGACCUGCACACGAUCCACGACACCGACAGCCCCGCCGCCUACCGCAUCCGCGCCAACCAGGGCCACAGCAUUGCCACGGUGACCAGCGACGCCGGUCUGCUCACGCCCAUCGACGAUCCUGAGACGGCCCCGCCGGUCGUGUGCCACGGCACCUUUUUUGCGUUCUGGCUCGCGAUCGAAGCGACCGGCGGUCUGCGGCGCAUGACGCGCAACCAUGUGCACUGCGGCUGCCUGGAGAGCGGCCAGACGGGUGCCGAAUCGGUGGAGGCGGCGCGUCGCGCGGGCGCUGUGAUCCCGGGUCUGCGGCGCGAUGCCCAGGUCCUCGUGUUUCUGGACGUGCGCCGGGCGCUGCGCCAAGACCCGGGUCUCAAAUGGUGGCGGGCGGCCAACGGCGUGGUGCUGACCGAGGGCGAUGCGGACGGCAAGGUGCCAGCCAAGUAUUUCCAGCGCGUGGUCACGAGCCGCGAGGGUGCACGACUGCUGCCACCGCCGGCAACAGGCGACGCAGGAAGCACGGUGAACGAGCUGGUGCUCUGGGAGGACGGGGAGAAGGUGGCCGAUCUGCCGGCCGAGACGCUGGCCAAGGCGCGGGUGCCGCACGGCAAGCAGGGAUUGCAGAAGCGAGCAGAUGCCGCCGCCGGUGCUGGAGGUUCACGAGGUGCAGCUAACAACAAGCAGGACCAGGGGAAAGGUGCAUCAGGUGUUGAAUAA